GAAAAAUGUCGAGUAUGAUCAAGAUAAUGAUGAUGAUGGCCUUGGUAAUAAUGGGCGUGAAAGCAAAAACUGUGACUGAGUGUCGUGAAACAGACUGCAAGUAUUUUUGUGCGAACAACGGGAUGAGCACAAAGGCUUGUUCUGAAUGUGUCUUUCGAUGCAGUACUGCUUCUGACAAAAGGACCAACGAUGUAGACCAACGUGUCAUAUGUUACCCGAACUGCGAUGUUGGUUGUGGCACUGACAAUGCGUGUCAUGAACGUUGUAAGAAGAGUUGCGGUUACCCACCCUUGAUGAAUCUCCAUCUAUGAUUUUGUUGAGACCUAGGAAUGAUGGGCUAGUGGAAUUUUAAUUGUGAUUUAGUUGUUUAUUUGAUGAGUUUUUUACAUGUUGGCGUUGUAGUUGGCAU